AUGAGUCGACUCUACACAUGUCUCAUCCGGACGCACCAUAUCACCUCGCGCAAGAAGCUCCAUCGCGUCCGUCACGUUGCCAACCAACAGGCGCUCUCGUCUCUCCUCGUGCGAUACGGUGGUCCGCCGGGGAUCAUGUACGCCGAGUCAGAUCAGCUCUCACCCCUCGAGCAAUGGGUCGCCAGCGUGCAGGCCCUGCGCUACAAGGACUUCAACCUAGCCAUCAAACCUGCGGAAAUGGCUAGGGAAGGAGAUGCCGUUCCGGGCAUGGGCUUCUGGGAGACCGAAACCACAGAAGGGUUUCGGGCCGAGAUGAAGAGGCGAGGGCUUGAGGAGUGGUGGAAAAAUGGUAUGGGCUACAGCUCACGUUGA